CACACCACCUUUUGUUUAGGAGCCCUUUAUUGCAGGCAAAGAGCAGUUGUGCCCAUCUCCAUCAUCGCAUCCAGAAGAAUAUCGAGUCAUCAUGAGGACCAGUCACAUCCUUCUCCUCUGCAUCCUGGGAGCUGCGUUGCUGGACUCCGUGAUCUGCAACAAUGGAACUGGUCCUGAUGACUGCUGCUUCAAAUUCUACCCAAGAAGAUUGAACAAAAACCUCAUCACUUCAUAUUACAUGACUGAUUACCGGUGCCCAAAAACUGGAACCAUUCUGGUUACCCAAAAGUCUCAUCAUAUCUGUGUGGAUCCAAAUCUCUCCUGGGUUAAGGGCAUCAUAAAAAUGGUGGAUGAACGCUUCAUGUAAAGCAGCCGCCUGCUCAUCCUUAUUUCAAGUUACUGUGGCUUUUGUUGCUUUAUCAAUUAACGAACUAUGAAAUGCAAAUGUUGGUGUUAAUGUGCAAAAUUGUUAUCUCUCAUGCUUUGCUUUUGUAAUAUCCUUUGAAUGCUAUGUAUUAACCAAACAUAUCAUACAAAUAAAGUAAAAAACUUUG